UCCCACAGACCAUGUUCCAUGUUUCUUUUAGAUAUAUCUUUGGAAUUCCUCCCCUGAUCCUUGUGCUGCUGCCGGUCACAUCGUCUGACUGUCACAUUAAAGACAAGGACGGUAAAGCCUUUGGGAGUGUGCUGAUGAUCAGCAUCAAUCAACUGGACAAAAUGACAGGAACUGAUAGUGAUUGCCCAAAUAAUGAACCAAACUUUUUUAAAAAACAUCUAUGUGAUGAUACAAAGGAAGCUGCUUUUCUAAAUCGUGCUGCUCGCAAGUUGAGGCAAUUUCUUAAAAUGAAUAUCAGUGAGGAAUUCAAUGACCAUUUACUAAGAGUUUCAGACGGCACACAAACACUGGUGAACUGCACAAGCAAGGAAGAAAAAACCAUAAAGGAACAGAAAAAGAAUGAUCCAUGUUUCCUAAAGAGACUACUGAGAGAGAUAAAAACUUGUUGGAAUAAAAUCUUGAACAGCAGUAUAUAAACAGAAAAUGUAGUAGCAACCUCCAAGAAACUACUGCCUUGCAUACUUGGAGAGUUUGAAACCCUCCCAGAAGUUUCUGGAUGCCUCCUGGUCAAAUAAAGCAAGCAACUGGGAAAUCUACAGUGAUAGACAUAAGAAAUGCAACUGACUCCUGCGGUCAGCAUAUGCCUAUGGAAAUUUAUCAACAGUACUGAUUUUGUAAAGCAACCCUGUCAUCUGCAAUGCUUUUAAAGCCUUUCCAAGUGUUUCUACCAUUAUCCAGUCUACAAACAAGGCUCUGAAGAUUCAGAGUCGCCACUGUUUUGUUAGCAACCAUGCAUUGGUGAACCACUGGGGGAGUGGAACUGUCCUGUGGAAGACUGCAGAUACAGGAGGGCUCCUGGUGAUGGAUAAUGCUCUUGAAAACGAGAGUCACAUCUUAAAGCAGCAGCAGCAGCAGCAGCAAAAAGAAGGUUAAGGCAUCAACAAAUGUAGUUAAAUAUGAAUGUAUAACACAUAGCUUCAGUACAGAGCAUAGCAGAUAUUUUUAAAUAAAAGUAUUCUUAAAAAUAGAAAUGCACUUAGUUCAAAGAUACUGAACCUUAGUAUUCAGUCACUUUUGUCAUAUAUGUAUAAUAAAGCUUAUAUAACUGAA